AUGGCUCAGCGCAAAUUAUUUUCGAUUUGUAAUCAACUGUUCAUGGGUUCAAAUCUUGGUUCACGCUAUCGUUGGAAAAAUUACCACUCUGUUGCUCAUGUUACGGGUACCGGUGGUAUGCAAAAACAUAUAGAAUCUUGCGGUAAAAUUUCAAAAAAUCGUAUUGAACAAAAAGAAGCUAAAAUAACACAGUAUUUUAACUCGUCAGAAAACAAAUCAAAAGAUCUUUCCAUUAAACAGAAAAAUAAAAUCACGAAUGCAUUAGCGGAAUUUGUUGUUCUUGAUGGAAGGUCCUUCGAAACUCUUAAUGGUUUAGGCUUUAUUAAUCUAAUCGAAUGCGUUCUUACUACUGGUCGUACUCUACUUGAAUCAUCCAAUAUGAACGCAAAUGACUUGAUUGCUGAUUCACGAACAAUAAGUCGUAACAUUGAUAAAAUGUAUGAAAAACGUAAAUCGCAAUUAAUAACUUUAUGCAAAUCUAUCAAAUCAUUUGUCAUCACGGUAGACUUUUGGAGCGAAAGGUUUACAGGGACUCAUUAUGCUGGCAUCUCUUUACACAAUGUCGAUGGAAAAUUUAAGCUUCACUCAUUUGCACUUUGUUGCAGAUCAUACGAACUUGAAAAUCAAACGAGUUUAAAUAUUAGGAAAUUAGUUAAUUCUAUUCUUGAAGAAUUUGGUUUAUCACUUUGCUUAUCAUCGUACAUUGUUAGUGACAAUGAAAAUAAAAUGCGUUGUGCAUUCAAUGAUGUUAAACGUAGAGGCUGUUCCGAUCAUUAUCUCAAUAAAAUACCUGAAAAAACAUUUACAGACGAAAAGAAUAUAGAACUACAAGAACCACAAAAGAUGUUUCACUUGAUAAAAGAAAUAGUUGAACAUGUUCGACGUACACAUCGGCAAAAUAAAUUAACUAAAAAAUUACAAACGUUUUCUAAAACUAGACUCAAUGGUGCGUUUUGUAUUUUUUAUGUCUUCAAUGAAAUUUUUGAAGAAAUACCGCAAGUACUUAAUACAAAGCACCUUCUUUCUUAUUCUCUUAUCGACAAUCCUAGGGAAUGUACUGGGUUCAGGUUACCCACAUACUAA